UCUCCGAAGGAAAAAAAACAAAAAGAAAAAAAAAAAAGAAGAAUAAAAGAGAAAACAAACAAACCAAAAGAAAAGAGGAACAUUUGGAUUCGUUGGAGUCAGAAAAUAGUCGACGGAAGGUAUUUGGAUAUCUCGGCAAUCGCCAUGAUUUCUCAGUUCUUCGUGCUCUCUCAGAGAGGCGACAAUAUCAUCUUUCGCGACUAUCGUGGCGAAGUACAAAAAGGAAGUGCGGAAAUAUUCUUUCGCAAGGUUAAAUUUUGGAAGGGGGAUGAAGGAGAGGAAGCACCGCCUGUCUUUAAUCUGGAUGGCGUCAACUAUGUACAUGUGAAGGUUUCUGGGCUGUUAUUUGUUGCAACCAUGCGAGCUAAUGUAUCGCCUUCGCUUGUUUUGGAGCUCCUACAAAGGAUUGAGCGUGUCAUUAAAGAUUACCUUGGCAUUCUCAAUGAAGAUUCAUUACGGAAAAAUUUUGUGCUUGUAUAUGAGUUGCUCGAAGAAGUCAUUGACUUCUGUUAUCCACAGACAACAUCUACUGAGGUGUUAAAGUCUUAUAUUUUUAAUGAGCCACUUGUGGUUGAUGCUGGACGUUUGCCAACCCUUGGCCCUGCUGCUGUAUUUAUGCAAGGGUCGAAACGGAUGCCGGGUACAGCUGUUACAAAAUCUGUUGUAGCCAAUGAGCCUGGGGGUAGGAAGAGGGAGGAAAUAUUCGUUGAUGUAAUUGAGAAAAUAAGCGUUACAUUCAGCUCUAGUGGUUACAUACUUACUUCCAAGAUCGAUGGUACCAUUCAAAUGAAAAGUUAUCUGACAGGCAACCCUGAAAUCCAUCUAGCUCUUAACGAAGACCUGAGGAUUGGCGGAAGCAGGAAUUCUGUCUAUGAUUACAGUGAUUCUACUGGAGCUGGGGCUGUGGUACUAGAUGACUGCAAUUUCCAUGAAUCUGUCCAUCUCAGCGGUUUUGACAUGGACCGAACUUUGACAUUAGUACCCUCGGAUGGAGAGUUCUCUGUAAUGAAUUACCGUACCACUCAGGAAUUCAAGCCUCCUUUCCGUAUCAAUGCAUUGAUUGAGGAAGCAGGGGCACUUAAGGCGGAUGUGAUUCUUAAAGUAUGUGCUGAAUUCCUCCCAACCAUCACUGCUAACACAAUUACGAUACAGAUGCCGCUGCCAAAAUGCACUACAAGGGUUAGUUUUGAGCUGCAGCCUGGUGCAGUAGGUAACAAAACCGAUUUCAGAGAAGCUAAUAAGAAACUCUAGUGGGGCUUAAAAAAGAUUGUCGGUGGAUCUGAACAUACUCUACGUGCAAGGCUUGCAUUUUCGCAGGAAUCACAUGCGAAUAUCGUGAAAGAAGUUGGACCUGUAAGCAUGACUUUCACUAUACCAACGUACAAUGCUUCAAGGCUUCAGGUAAGAUAUUUGCAAAUAGCAAUGAAAUCAAAGACAUAUAAUCCAUAUCGAUGGGUGAGAUACAUCACGCAAUCAAAUUCCUAUGUUGCCCGGAUAUGAUUCACUCAGAUCUUUGCCAAAUUUUUCUUUACGUUGCUGUUUAAUUGCACCAAGAGAAUAAACAAUAAUAAUAAAAUCCUGCCCUUGAAAUAAUGCAA